CAAGUCUGCAAGGACGACGUUGGUGGACUGAGGACUCUACAGAAGAAGUGGACGUCCUUUGCCAAAGCCCCUCUGCUUUGCCAGGCUCCAGGACAGCUCCCCUACAAUGUUUUGCAGGAUGUUUUCACCCUACGGCCACCAGAGGGGAGCAAGACCUUGGAAACCCUGUUCUAUGGUGUUUUCACAUCUCAAUGGCCCUCAGGUGCAAAGUCUGCAGUUUGCAUCUUUAGACUGCAGGAUGUCAGGACUGCGUUCACUGGGAGGUACAGGACGUACGACAUGGGGACCGACCAGUGGAGUCUGCUGCAGGGAAGACAGUCCUACCUGGGGACGUGUGGACUCGAGAAUGCGACAGAUUCUGAAUUAGCUGAAGUGAAGAAGAGUUUCCUGACCAGCAAUGGUGUAAAACCAGUUGAAAACAGUCCGAUUGUUGUUUCCUCAGGGAAACAAUACAGUCGCAUAGCUGUGAUGAGGACUAAGGCAGCCAAUGGCACAGCGUACACCAUCCUUUUCCUUCUUACAGAGUCUGGUUUCCUCCACAAAGUGGUUUUGUUUGACCAGGGGCCUCAAAUCAUUGAGGAGAUUCAGGUCUUCACACAACCUCAGCUGAUCAAGAGCAUCAUCCUCUCCUCCUCCAAGGGAGUGCUUUAUGUGGGAACCUCUGAGGGUGUGACUGCUGUACCCACGGCCAAUUGCGCCUUCUACAGAACCUGCAGCCAGUGUGUUCUAGCCAGAGAUCCUCUCUGUGGAUGGAGCCUGACCAGGAGGACCUGCAUCCGUGUGGACAGCAGUUCUGAUGCUGUGGCUCAGGACCUGGAGAAUGGUAAUGUGGAGGAGAGGUGUCAGUCACAACCUAGGAUGAAUCCAGACACAGUGGAAGUCAGCGUUGCUUUGAAUCGAGCAGUGAGGCUUCAGUGUGUGAAACCUUCCAACCUGGCCACUCUGACCUGGACUUCCUCUCAGAUCAGAAGCCGUCCAGAGAAUUUUUUUAUCCGGUCAUCUGAUGGCAGCCUCAGCUUCCUCGCCUCUGACGCCACCUUCGGGAGCUACCACUGCGAGGCAGAGGAAGGUGGGUACAAGGAAGUAGUUGCAAGCUACAAUGUCCGAUCCAUUGCUUCCCCACGCUCAAUGAACCCCUCACCAAACAUCCCCAGCCAAAACGAUGAGUCCUACGAGGACAUAAGAACAGUGUCACCAUUACCACUUCCUGGAGAACCAGAGUGCCUCCCCAAAGAGGAGGAUGGUGAUGAUGAUAAAGGCAAGACUGACACCAAAGAGCAAUCUGAACAGGAAACCAGCUUACAGCAUGGUCGUUUAGACACCACGCCCACCUGCAAAUCAGGCGCCCAGUCCAUGAAGGAGCCAUUCGAUGAGGCUUGCAAAGAGAAGAGCUACUACAGCGAGCUGGUUGUUGUUGUUACCCUUCUGGUGUUGACCUACAUCUGCAUCUUGACCCUCGGAGGCCUACACGUGUGGCGACAAAGAAGAUCUGGCCUGAAAGUGAGUCCUUUGGUGAGUCCGGAGGAGGGUAGCCAAAUGAGCAAAUCUGGGGGGCGUGUUCCCUCCCUGAGCACCGCAGAGUACACUGCUCCUGAGCUGAAGGUGGUGGAGUAGUGAUGUUAAGCAUCUUACCUGGAGUCACAUGUUCCAGAUCAGUUUCUUCUGUGUGUGCCUCUCACCUGUUGGCAUCACACAAAGAAUUUACCUGGCAAGCUUCAAAACCUUAGAACCAGUUCACCAGUUUCCUGUCCAGGUGACCAGCUGACUGCAUCUGUGUUUCAGUUUGGAAACAGGGCAUCUUUCUUGCUACAGAUGGUAAUGCUCAUCGCCUUACUUCAGGUCACCUUGCUUCUCAGGGUGAAUUGGACAUCAUUCCACUUCGCCAUCAUGGAGGACGUCUCAAUUAGUUUUUAUGUGUUUGAGGGAGCGAGGAAACGAAAGGUCGACACAGGCCUUUAUUACAAACCUGUCAGUGAUUAGACUGAUCUGAUACUGUGUCACUGCAGUUUCACAGCGCCACAGAUAGCAGAUUAGACUCAGCUUUUCAUCAUUCUCAAAAUGAGACUUUUCUCCAUUUGAACCUGUGUCAUCGAGGAGUCUCGUCUCUCAGCAAACCUUUUUUUUUUUUGCAGAAAUCUUUUUGUCAUGUUUGUCAUGGAGCUUUUGGAGCUCACUAUCGACUCAGCCAUGGUGUUAAUAACAGCAUGAGUGCCGGUUGGCAGCCUCAACAUAAUGUAGGAUUUUGUAACCACUGUGAAUGGAAACCCUGUCUCACUUUUUCAGCUUUAGAAGGAACAGUUUCCCUCUGCUUCUAGUCUUUAUGCUAAGCUAGGCUAACAGUUUCCCUCUGCUUCCGGUCUUUGUGCUAAGCUAAGCUAAGCUAAACUAACAGGUCCUAGACCAGCUUGUGCUGUGAACACAGAGAUGAAACUGAUCUGAAACAUGUGAGUCUGGAGGUCUGGAGAGGACAGACAGCAGCAGGGCUGGUGGCAUCAGGCCUGUAGUCGGUGGCAGAUACGAAGCUGAACACAAAAGAGCAGAUUUUUUAAAAGUCUCAGCAGUUGGAGGGACGUUUAAUGAAACUGUCUGCUGCACAAUUAAAAUCACCAUCAACUUAUUCUGUUAAUGCUUUUGGAUCUGUUUGUUAGUUUGGUCCAGAUAUAACUGGUGAUUUCUGUUUGUGCAGAGAAACUAGUUUCUCUUCCAGAAAUCAUUUGUCUACUACUGUACAAAGACAGAUUUCUUGUCUUGCUGUACAAGUCUGUACUUUUACAGUACUGUGUUUAACGAGGCAGCAGGGAUCACUGCACAUAUCACCUUUGUUUUUAGUGGAUAAUUGUGAAAUCAGGGAGAAUAUGAGUAUUGGAUAGUGUCUUUUGUUGACAUGCUCUAUGAACAGUCCCUGAUCUUUGUGUGUAAAUGAAUGUACUGUUUGUGAACUGGAUGACAUGUGAGACCUGCUGACUGUAAGGACAGCUGGGACCAGUAUAUCAGUAACUUAAUAAUUACCAUGAGUCAGUAAGAAGUUAGCACCAAUCUGUCUCUAAUGUUUGAUCAUUUCUUAAUUCUUUAUUUAAGGACAGUUCAUACAUUUCUUCUUGUUUAGUUGUCGUUAUUUGUUGGCACAAAUGUGAAACUGUUAAUUUAUUUAAGAACCAAAGUUAUUGGUAAUGACGUCCUGAUAUACUGGUUGACAGUGAUGCUUUACUGACUCAUCUCUGAUUAAACCUGUUAGUGUACAGACCAUUAACCUCCUCAUAAACAUGUUGUUGCUUUUUGCUGCAGGAAUUAAAACUUUGUGCGACUAGUUCAGUGUCUUCAAACACAUUCGUUCUUCAGUUUUCAAUCACAAUUGAAUCAUGUAAACCUGGUACACAUACGGAGAAAAGCUGCUGAAUUCUUUGUGCUUUAAAUAGUUUUUUGGUUACUAAUUGACAAAGAACUGUCCCCGCAGCUGCUGCUGGGUAAAACUGUUACAUUUAAGAUACUGUUAGAUAUUUUCAGUCAGAUAGAUAUUGGAUAGAUACUUUAUGUAUUAGAAAUGUUAGUAGAGAUAGGAUGUCUAGUUAG